AUGGAACCGCUUUACCACGCUGGGUCCAUCCUCAUGAAGGUGAACACCUUACAAGGGAAGAAGAUGGUGGAGAGCGGCCUCCAGUCUGGAGACUUUUCCCUCCCUCAGUCCUGGCCUUCCUGCCUCCUGCCGCCGGCUGACCUGGAGAGCCUGCAGCAGAAGGUGGCCGGGGUACAACGGGAGCUGGAGGACUUUAAGAAGGAGGUGCUGAAGGCCAUCCACUACCUGGAGGACGCCUUCUGCGAGAUGAACGGGGAGCUGGUGCAGCAGGGGGAGCAGGCGGCCCGCGUGAAGCAGCGGCUGAGGGAGGAGGAGGACCGGGGCAUUGUGCGCAAUAAGGUCCUCACCUUCCUGCUGCCCCGCGAGAAGCAGCUCCGGGAGCACUGCAAGCGGCUGGAGCGCAUGCUGCUGGGCUCGGGCCGGGAUGCGCUAGGCGCCCCCAGGAAGAUCCAGGCAAACUGA